GCUACCGCGUUUCACGGUGAUCUGCCUCCCGCUUUGCUUGGGAUAGUUCCCAAACAAGAAGCAGAGAUUCGCGUGCUCCUGUUCGCCCUCCGUUGUCUUCGUUGUUGUUGUUGUGUGUUGGCUUUUAAUCGCGCUGAGGAGCGAAUUGUAUUCACCUUGGACUUUCCGCUUCUCAAUAUCUGGUAUCCUGGUAGCUGUAGCAUAGUUUUUUUUUCCUCUUUGCUCAGCACACCUGCUGCGACUCGGCCCAAUGUCUAGCGAGGAGAAGGAGGCAAAGAGGCAGGCAGAGCUUCGACUCGCGGGCCAGGACUCUGAAAACGCACGCGCCGCCGUAAUGGCACAGCGCGAGCUCAAGAAGAAGCGCGACGCACUGCGCAAGGCAGAGAAGGCGCUAAAGGGCAUUAAAAAGGACGAUAAGGCCGCCGUCGACGGCGCCACUGCAGCCGUGGAGGCCGCCGCUGCGGAGGUUCAGGCGGUAGAGCGGAAAUUGGCAGGGCUCACCGGUCGGCCAGAGCCGGGCGCGGGUGCAAGCAGCAGCAGCACUGCCACAGCCCCAGCUGCAGAGGCGGCAUCUCCGUCUCCGUCUCUGUCUCCGGCUCGUCCGUCGUCGAGCAUUGCCGCCGCUACUGUGGAAGCGGAAAAGGAGACGAAGAAGGCGACGGAGAUGCGCUUUGCUGGGCAGAACUCCGACGAGGCGCGCGCGGUCGUCAAGGCGCAGCGGGAGCUGAAGAAGAAGAAGGACGCGCUGCGUAAGGUGCAGAAGGAGUUGAAGAGCCCGAGUGCGGAGGCGAAGGCCCACCUUCCCGAACUGAAAGAGAGGGAGGCGACAUUGAUGAAGGAGAUUGCGCAGCUGGAGGUGGUGUGUGGCGGGGACGGUGGCAACGGCAGCAGCAGCCACGAAGCCGCAUCUCCCGCCGCUCCUGCGACGGCUGCAGUGGCUGCUGCUUCCGGCAAAGGCACUGCCGGGACAAAUACUCAGACAGCGCCGAGUGCGGAGAAGACGGAAAAGGAAAUCACCGCGGCGGACCGCGAGGCUGCUGCGGCGAGACUGGCCGCCGCCGUGCAGCGGACCAUGGACGCGAACCGGCAGGAGCGGCGCCACGUUAUGCCGCGUGACGGCGUCGUUCAUCCGCGCGUAGCGGAGGUGGCCAUCUUAAUGGAGCAGAUGCUCCUCGUAGGCGGCAGUGCGCGUGUGCUGGCCCUCAUCUCCGCCUUUCGUGAGCUACUGCGCGCCACCACCGUACUCGCCGUACCGACGCUCAACGAGGUGGACGCAACGGCGUUUGAGAAGCUGAUUCAGACUAAUUUCGAUUUUUUGCGCCGCAAGCGGGAGGCCUCGUCGGGCAUGCGCUACGUGAAGGACGUGCUCGUGCGCCGUUUUUUCGCACUGCGGGAUGAGGUGAUGCACCCGAAGCCGCAGGUGGCCGCCCUCAUCAACGACCUCGGCAACCCACGUGAGGUGACGAUGAAGAUCCUCGACAUGGUCGAGGCGGAAGUGAAGAUGUCCUUCAAGAGCAUCGUCGAGGACCGAUCGCUGCCGUACGUGUCGAACACCGACACCAUCUUCGUCUUCGGGCGCAGCAGCAUGGUGGAGUACAUUUUGCUCUCCCGCUCGCGCGAGCCGCAGUGCAAGCCGAAGCACGUCAUCGUCGUGGAUGCGGCCCCACUCUUCGAGGGCCGCCUGCUCGCCGACAAGCUGUCCAGCGCCGGCAUCGAAGUCACCUACGGCCUUAUCACGGCGUGCUGCACGCUGAUGCCGAAGUGCACGCGUGUCUUUUUGGGCGCCUCCGCGGUGCUGCAGAACGGCGAUGUAUUUGGCCGGUGCGGCAUGGCGCUCGUUGCGGCCUGCGCGAAGCUGUUCCGCAAGCCUGUCUUGUGCUUCAGCGAGAGCUACAAGUUUGUGGCGGAGGUGUGGGUGGGGAACUUGGCGCAGAACACCAAACUGGCCGACAUGCGACCCGCGGCCGACGCGCACGGCGGUGGCGACGGCGGCAGUCGAAGCCCGCUGACCUUCCCCUCCCCGCCGACCCUCUCCGUCCAGCAGUCGCGCGUCUCCGGUGGGUGGGGCACGCCGAACCGCGCUGGCGACUUUUUCGCCUCUAGCAGCGACAUCGUGCCCUUCUCGUCCUCCUCGAACACCGCCGGGUACUUGUACGACCUCACCCCCGCCUCCUAUGUGGACAUGAUUAUCUGCGAGAUGGGCUGCCUGCACACCUCGGCGAUUGUGGCGGCUAUUAAAGACCGCGAGAGCCGCGAGGUGUCGCAGCUGGCGUACCUCGCGCGCAACUAA